AUGAAAUGCAAUCAUUUAACGACUGCACUGAUGAGUUUGCUAGGAAAUCUGGUACAAAAUAUCGACGAGCAUACAGUUCUACCAUUUGAAUUAGUAAAUAGUUCUGAUCGAAUCCCGCAAGAAUUGUCAUCAAAUCGGGAUGGAGAGCAAUGGAAUACGAAAUCUUUCACAGUUAAACAAUAUUUGUUUGCUUUUGUCGAGGUGUCAAGCGCUAGAAUGAAGGAUGAUUGUGAUGAAUGGCGACAGAUUUUUACCCGGAUCGAUUCUUAUUUUAGGAAUGAUAUUGUUCUUGAGGGUACAAACCAUGCUUCUGCUCAGGUGUUGUAUACAUUCUGGCCAUUCGGCUUAGCAAUGUGCAAAAUAACCGGUUCUUUACUUGGCUUCGGUAUUUUUUUAUCAACCUUUUCUAUAGCAGCAAUUGCUCUCGACCGAUGCGUUGUAAUCAUAUUUCCAACAAAACGAAAACGUCAGCAUAAUCUGGCCUUAUUAUUAUUUUUCUUAAUAUGGGUCAUUUCAAUUGCAUUAGCAUUGCCGUUACUGAUAACUUCGGAUUUGAAUACAGUAUUCGAUGAUGACAAGUGCGGCAUUUCUUUAAAAAUUUGUCAUGAGAAGAAUGAAAUUUGGAAUUUGAUGCCCAUAAGUAAACGAACAUAUACUUUGGCAGUACUGUUAACACAGUAUGCACUUCCGCUAAUAUCAAUUGUCUUUGCAUACAGUACCAUUGCUAUGAGGAUGCAAAUUAGGAUGAAUAGUCGUUUUGCUUCUUCUGCUUUUGCUGCCAAUGCUAUCAACAACGAAAGGAGAAAAUCGGUGGCAGGACGACAACGACGUACACACCUACUACUUAUUUGCGUGGUGAUCGUUUUUGCCGUAGCAUGGCUGCCACUAAACGUCUUUCAUGUGCUUAAUACAUUUGGAAUUGUCGAGUUUUCCGUGCCCUUAUUUGCGAUGUGCCAUUUAAUUGCAAUGGGUUCCGCAUGCUUAAAUCCUGUCUCAUACGCAUUCUUCAACCAAAAUUUCCGGCAACAAUUCAUCAUGUUCUAUGAAGCAGCAAUAAGGAAAAUUUUACAAAUAUUCGGUUGGGUAACGCCGGCAAGAUAUAAGCACGAUCGGAUGAAAUACAAUCGAUCAGCGAGAGCUGUGAUUGCCACGCAUACUCCAACUAUUAAUGUGCAGUUUAUGCGAAAAGGUGACGAUGACGAGAAAUCAGAGCAGGCUAAAAUUGAUUUGAAUGACCAUUAUUAA